GGAGAGGAUACGGGAGAGUGUUAUGCACGACGCCCCUUAGCUAUCAUAUAUACGCGAGUAAUGAACCUGACGGUCGAUAAACUUACAUUCAAUUUGCCUUUUAUCGCGAACAGCUAUCAUAGGGGCUACUGGAAUAAAUAUCAAAUCUUAACAGGACGUCUGUAGCAUAGUCAUAAGCUAUGGUGAGUUUUAGGAAGUCACGAACGUCCUGCCAAUUAUCAACCCGGAGCGUCGACGACACUCAGAAUUUCAACACACACUUAUCCCACACCAGCAAAAAUGUCUAGCCAAGCAAUUCCCAAUACCGGAACUAGAUCAACCCUCGUCCCAUCCGUCAAAGCAUUUCUAGACGAGCACCCCAACCUACAUCUAGGCGGGAAAGAAGACUUUCACGCGGAGCGGCGACACCAUCUCGAAAUCUUCGGCUUUCACAACCUGCCCAAACAGGCACAAGCACCCAUCGGCCACGUCCACUUCGAUGGCGUGCGCGGCCGUCAUGGGACUAUUCCUGUGCGCCUAUUCUACCCGCGCAGCUACAAGAACGGCAGUAACAGCAAUAAAAAGCUUCCGGCACUAAUUUACUUUCAUGGCGGGGGUUACACCGUCGGCAGCGUAGACGAAUUCGAAAAUGGUCUACGCCUGCUCGCCGAAGCCGCAGACAUCAUCACCAUCGGCGUCGAAUACCGACUAGCGCCCGAAUGGCCCUUUCCCACGCAACUCGACGAAUACGAAGACGUGCUCUCCUGGACGCGCAGCGCAGGAGGCACACGUCUCGGAAUCGACGCCUCACGCGUCCUCGGCGGCGGGGACUCCGCAGGCGGGAACAUGACCGCGGGACUGUCCCUGCGCCUCAAAGACGAGGGGAAGGAGCCAUUAAAAGGACAGGUCCUACUCUACCCCGAGGCAAGACUCCCGUUCGACACCCCCGCCGCAAGCGAGAAUAACUCAGGCUAUUACCUCGAAUGCAACGGCAUUUUCAGCUUCGCAGACCACUACCUCCCCCGCGCGCCGUUUAAAUCCGGCUCCGACACCCAGGACGUCGGAUACACGUACUACCCCCCGGCGCACCGGUACGUGUCCCCUGGCAUGCAAGCGCCGGAGAAACUGGAGGGGCUACCGCCUGCUGCGGUGUUCACGUGCGGGUUUGAUCCCUUGCGUGAUGUGGGGGUCGAGUUUGCGGGAAAGCUGAGGAAGGCGGGGAAUCGGGUUGCGUGGAUGCAUUAUCCGGGCCUGACGCAUGGGUUCUUGCAGAUGGCGCCGUGGAGUAGGGAUGCGGCGAUGGCGGUCGAGGAUGUGGGAAGGUUGGUUAGGGAGUUGAGUGGGCGGACGGAGAUGUUGAAUUGAUUUCAGGGCCUGUAGGACUUGGUGGCUUCUAAGGAUCUAGGACCCGGCUACUGGCCCUGGAAUAUAAGGGGGUUCCGGAAGAAGCACCUGUAAUUCAAUGUACGACGACCCCAUGCUGCUCUGUAAACCUGAAAGGAAAUACUGGUUACUUUGUAGGCUAGUAUUCAAGCUACUAAUAUCAGAUAUAGCGGAACAUGUUUUGCUUUACGCUUCGCUUCAUCGCUACAGGUUGUCCAUUCUCGCACUCCACUCCGGCCUCUCCACCAUCCCCAGAAAGACCAGACAUCUUUCGCUGAAGUUCCGCAUCUAGUUCUGCCAUGGUUUUCUUUUUCGCCGGCUUAGUGAUAGGCAUUUCUUUCUCCUUUGCGGGAUCCUUCCCGUGACCAGACGUUGCUAGCGGAGAAUGUGUCUGUGAACUGACGGAGCGACGAUGAUUGAUAAUGAAAGUUUCUAACAGUGGCGAGUUUAGAAUUCGAUUAAUAACCGAGGCUUGCAUAAUUCGUUGCAUUUUGUAGAUGUGAUGAAACUCAAGAGAUUGAC